AUGGUGUGGGUAUAUGUGUGUGUUCUGAUGUAGAAGGUGUUGGAGUUGGUGAGGAGGAGAGUUUGUCGGCCUCGUCGGCCCCGUUCGGCCUCUUCAUCUAGCGCUUCGCUGCGGCAGUGCUGGUAUGCGGAUGACUCGUCGGCGCUCGGCAAACUUCACGGCAUCCUCGUGUGGUUUCGAGCCCUGCGUCGCAUCGGUCCCUCAUACGGUUAUCACCCAGAGACCGCCAAGUCAUUCCUCGUCGUCAAACCUGAGCUCGAGCAGAUCGCAAGGGAACUCUUCGAGCCCGAGGGGGUGCAGAUCGUCACGGGCAAGAGGUUCCUGGGCGGCUACGUGGGCGAUGAGGGCGAGAGGGCGGCGUUCCUCGGCGAGAAGGUCGAGAG